AUGGAAGAUCAGCUUGGAAAGGCCUUGGCCUCGACAUUGAAUGAGCAACAGAUGAAGUCAUUGCUACAUUUGAACGAAUACUCUCAACUUGGCCCGCUCCUCAACUUAGCCAAGGAAAGGCCGUCGCUCAUUUUAGGACUCGUUGAAAAUUAUAGUCGUGCAGCCGAAGAACCCGUUUUAGACUACGUUCCGGAUAUUUACACUAGAAUUUUUCUCUUCGGUCGGCUACAAGAUAGUCUCAGACGGCAUGAGCUAUCCUUUGUACCAAGCAUGAAGGUUUUCGCAUUGUUCAUGGUUGCCCCAGUCGACGUGCUACGAUCCCGACUUGAUAAUCUGGAGAGAAACGCUCGAGAGAAGAACAUGGCUGAGGUCCAGGAAUUUAUUGAACAGUGCCGCACCGCUGUCACUGUAAUACUUGAAUUUGUGAGCGCAGAAGCGCGACAAGUCGGAGGUUUCAGCGAAGACAACGUGCACCUUUUGCAAUCAAUGGAUCUUUGCAAGAAACGAGACGUGAGGAUAUGCAGCAUCUCCCGCAUGGAGAACCCCGAAGCCGUCACCAUCUUCCCCAACGCGAUUCAUUCUCCCAAUCUUUUAUCCAUGAUGGACACGUUUUGGGGUACUGAGACGGCUGAUCGUCUCUCUGAACUAAUUCGAGAUCCAAGUUUCUUGAAAUCCCCCCAAAAUAUGCUGUCUCUUAAUCGACAGCUAAGUUGGUGGUAUCAGAGCGGGAGGAUUGCAUUCAAACCGUUGCGUAAGACGGAUACCGACUCGCUUACAAUCCAGUUCUACUGGCUGAAAAGGAGCAAACUGGAGCCAUCACAGCUCUUUAAAUAUGAUAUGAGCAUUUGGGACGUGAUGGAGACAGCCGAUAUUGCAAAUAACGAGGACUUCCGCAGAGGCAUUAUCCGAUGGGGAAGGCCGCAUUGUGACAGCUACAGUGGUUUGGGCAUGGACACCGGUCAUGUCCAUCGACUUUGCGAACGUUUCGAGAUUGGGCCGCCGAAAUUUGAUAUUCUACAGCUCUCGUCGGACUUGCUUCGCGUUGCUGCGAUCUGCGGAGCAACCAAACCAACCUGUUUGGCGGAUGAAGUCAACGGCGAUUAUCAUGAUCAUUAUGGUGGUUAUGAUGAUGGUGAUGACCACUACGACAAUGGUUGGCGCGAUGAUGGAUGUUAUGAUGAUGGUGAUGACCACUACGACGAGGAUUGUCGCGAUGAUGGAUGUUAUAAUGGUCAGGUUGAUGGCGGCUAUGAUAAUGAUGGAAUGGAAUCGCAGCCGGACAUGUACUGUGACGAGAACUAUGCUCUACUGCGUCAUUGGGGAGAAGAAGUCGGGGGAGAAGAAGUCGAGGGAGAAGAAGUCGAGGGACAAGAGGACAUGGAAGAAGAUGGCUUUGAAUAG